AUGGGAAGGGGUAAGGUUGAGUUGAAGAGGAUAGAGAACAAGAUCAAUAGGCAAGUUACAUUUGCAAAGAGGAGAAAUGGUUUGCUCAAGAAGGCUUAUGAACUCUCAGUUCUUUGUGAUGCCGAAGUUGCCCUCAUCAUCUUCUCUAAUCGCGGCAAACUCUACGAGUUUAGCAGCACUUCUAGCAUGAUGAGAACUCUGGAGAAGUAUCACAAGUAUAGUUACAGUGCUCUCGAGUCUGGUCGACCAAUCAGUGACACGCAGACAAAUUACGAGGAUUAUAAGAGACUAAAAGACAAUGUAGAAGCUCUCCAACGUUCUCAGAGGAACCUACUGGGGGAAGAUCUUGCUCAAAUGAAUACAACUGAGCUGGACCAGCUUGAGAAUCAACUUGAGGUAGCACUCAAGAAUAUUAGGUCAACUAAGACUCAGUUUAUGCUUGACCAACUUACUGAUCUUCAGAACCGGGAAAUGGCGCUUGUUGAAACAAAUAAUGUGCUAAGGAGUAAGUUAGAAGAACUGAAUAAUCACUCAUCAGAAGUGGCUUUGGAAGACGUGGGCCCCACCAUUCACUACAACCGCUUUCCUUCUCAAUCAGAUCACCCAUUUUUCCAACCUGUUCUAGGAGUUAAUUCCAACUUGCAAAUUGGAUACAAUCAAAGCAUUCAUCAUGAUGUGAACGUUGGAGCUUCAUCCUUAACUAUGCAGGGAUUCGUCUCUGGGUGGAUGCUUUGA